GAAGUAACACUUUUAUAUACUAUAUUGUAAAAGUAUUGGGACACCCUUCCAACUCAUUGUAUUCAGAUGUUCCAAUCACCUCCAUGGGCACAGGUGUAUAAAAUCAAGCACCUAGGCAUGCAGACUGCUUCUGCAAACAUUCGUGAAAGAAUGGGUCGCUCUCAGGAGCUCAGUGAAUUCAAGCGUGGUACUGUGAUAGGUUGCCACUUGUGCAAUAAGUCCAUCCAUGAAAUUUCCUUCCUACUAAAUAUUCCACAGUCAGCUGUUAGUGGUAUUAUAACAAAGUAGAAUCAACUGCAAACACCAGACCAUGACACGAAGUGGUAGGCCACGUAAAAUGACAGAGCUGGAUCAGUGCAUGCUGAAACACACAGUGCGCAGAAGUUGCCAACUGUCUGUAGAGUCAAUAGCUAAAGACCUCCAAACAUUGUGUGGUCUUCAGAUUAGCACAACAACAGUGUAUAGAAAGCUUCAUGGAAUGAGUUUCCAUGGCCGAACAGCUGCAUCCAAGCCUUACAACACCAAGUGGAAUGCAAAGCGUCGGAUACAGUGGUGUAAAGCAUGCUGCCACUAG